CCGCGGGCCCCGCACAAGGUACAUCACACCCGACCCCGCGGCGCAGAGCUGUUGGGAACGUAGGUGGGAGAAAGAGAACCACUGAGGACCUGGACCUAAGAAGAACACUGGAGAGAGAGAGAACGAAGUUCGGGUGGGACGUCAUGGUCGUCCAAUUACUCGGUCCCCUGGGACCGACUUACAUAGACUCGGGUUGUUCCCCCGUUUGCCUUGUGAAUGAGAAGGAUUGCUCCCUCGUUCUCUCCUCGUCUCCCCUCUCAACUACUACCAUCCCCUCAUAUCUGAUUCCGAGGACAAUCUUGGAUCAUUUGGCUCUAUCUCAACUUCAAGAGCACCCAUUACCAUAGGUGACUUUGUCUAAGCUAGAGAAAAGCUCCAUCUCAUCUGGGCCUCACAUCACACCACAACACAUCUCACCCCAUCAUCAUCACCAGGCAAAACAUAUCCGAAGCAGAAAAAAGCACACCUUCAAAAAUGUCAGCCAAACACUUCAUCAACGACCCAACCAAGCUGGUCAACCAGGCCCUCCACAGUCUCACCCUCACAAACCCAAGCCUGGCCCUCGACAAGCCCAACAAGAUCAUCUACCGCAGACCGACACCCGAUGCCGCCCAAAACAACAAGAAAACCGUCUCCGUCGUCUCGGGCGGCGGCUCCGGGCAUGAGCCUUCCUUCGCCGCCAUGGUCGGCCAGGGCCUCCUCUCCGCCGCCGUGGCCGGCACCAUCUUCGCCAGCCCGAGCGCAGAACAGGUCCGGACGACCGUCGCCUCGCGCGUCGAUACCGGCGCCGGCGUUCUCGUGACGGUCAUGAAUUACACGGGCGACGUGCUCAACUUUGGCAUGGCUGUCGAAAAGGCACGCGCCAGCGGUCUGGAUGUCGAAAUGGUUGUCGUCGGCGACGACGUCGGUGUCGGAAGGGCCAAGGCCGGGAAAGUCGGCCGGAGGGGCAUCGCGGGCACGGUGCUCGUGCACAAGAUUGCCGGCGCGCUCGCGGCGCAGGGUCGGGCGCUGGCCGAGGUCGCCAAAGUCGCGCGGCUGACGGCCGAGAACCUCAUCAGCGUCGGCGCGAGCUUGGAGCACGUUCACGUUCCCGGGCGCGCGGUGCCGAGCGGCGAGGAGGAAGGCGCGCUGAAGCUUGGGGAGGCGGAGCUGGGCAUGGGGAUUCACAAUGAACCCGGCUCCGGUCGGGAGAGCGCGGAUCUGGAAGGGUUGGUGGGCAAGAUGCUCACGCAGCUGCUGGACCAGGGCGACAAGGAUAGGGCCUUCUUGAACGUCAACUCGAAUGAGGUCGUGCUGCUGAUCAACAACCUCGGUGGCGUGAGCGCGCUCGAGCUCGGGGGCAUUACGGCUGAGGUCGCGGCGCAGCUGGAGGGCAGCUAUGGGAUUCGACCCGUGAGGAUCCUGAGCGGGACGUACAUGACAAGUCUCAAUGGCCUGGGUUUCAGUAUUUCGCUGCUCAACGUCGUCAACACGGAUAUCGGCGGCCCGAGCAUGAUCCAGCUGCUCGAUUACCCGACCGAGGCCACGGGCUGGUCGUCGCCUAUCCUCAAGGAGACGUGGGAGGCCAAGAACCAGGCCACGCGGGAGGAGGCGGCGGACGCCGGGCAGGCGACGAAGCCGAGCGAUCUCAAGUAUGACGCUGCCGCGGCGACCAAGGCUGUCACAGGUGGGCUGCAGAGGGUUAUCGCGGCCGAGCCCGAGGUGACUAGGUAUGAUACCGUCGUCGGUGACGGCGACUGCGGCAUCGGUCUGAAGAGAGGAGCUGAAGCAAUCCUCAAGCACAUCUCACAGAACCCCCUAACAGGCGAUGCCGUCGUCGACCUCGCCUCCGUGGUCCCCGUCGUCGAGAACACAAUGGACGGCACAUCGGGCGCCCUCUACGCAAUCUUCCUCAAUGCCCUCACCGCCGCCCUCCGCAGCCUGUCCCCCGGCACCGCGGACGGGAAAACCUGGGCCGCCGCCCUGAAGCAGAGCAGCGACGCCAUGUCGCGGUACACGCCCGCGCGCCCGGGCGACCGCACCCUCGUCGACGCGCUGUAUCCCUUUGUCGAGGUCCUCGGCGAGACGGGCGACGUCAAGAAGGCGGCCGAGGCGGCGCGGGCGGGCGCUGAGACGACAAAGGGCAUGAAGGCCAGCCUGGGAAGGACGGUGUACGUUGGCGGCUCCGGGUUCGAGCAGGUGCCUGACCCUGGCGCGUGGGGGUUGAGCUGCUUCUUUGGUGGGUUGGCGGGCAUUGAGGGUGAGGAUGGGUGGGAGAAGCUGUAGAUGAACAGAUGCUGGGUCCCGAGAUGUUAAAAGCUGUCUUCCUAUGUAGGACGGAUAUCGCGCCUGUUUGAGUAGUAAUUUCCCUGGAUAAGUGAAUCGGAUAGGGGGGAUUUGUGGUUGCACAGAGGCUUGGAAAUCGGUAGAAUGCACAAAGCGCGAGGGAGAAAAUGAAAAGAACCCAAAUGAUCCAUUUUA